AUGAUCAAGUAUCUUCAUGUCAAUGGACUACCAUUCCAUGAAUGUGCUAUCUCUGAGGCUGCUGGGAGCGACCAUCUGGACGUCAUCCAAUACCUCCUCGAGAACAAACCGGAUACUUACAUCUGUGAGUAUGUGAUGGACAGAGCUGCGAGGAAUGGCCACCUUGGUACAGUGCGCUAUCUUCAUGAACAACGAACUGAAGGCUGUUCAAGUUGGGCGAUUGUUGGUGCCGCAGAGAAUGGCUACCUGGAAGUUGUCAGAUUCCUUCACCAGAAUCGCACCGAGGACCUCGACCUUUCAACUGCCUUUGGGCGUGCGGUUGUCGAGGUACACCUGUCCGUGGUCGAAUACCUGCAUCACAUCGACCCGAGUGUAGGUGAUACAGACGAGGCGCUGAUAAACGCAGCCAUUCAAGGGCAUGCACAGAUAGUUCAGUUCAUUUGCGAGAGGUAUCCAAGCCUUAGAAUCAGUUAUGCGUAUCUGAUGAGCGUGAGAUCGCAUCAGGUCCUGGAGGUACUUGAUCGAUUGAUGCCAAGUCAGAUAUGGGAGGAUGACAACAUAUACAAUGAAGUCGAUGUAUCUCAUAUGAAUAUGAUUGAGUAUAUCAUUGACAACAAGUCGACAGAGUACAUUGCCAGAUGUUUGAAUGACAGAGUGUUCUGCAGUGCGAUGAUGCUCGAUCAAUCAAAGCUUUUCUUCAAGUUGAUCAAACAUGUUGCCAAUCCAUCAAUCGAAACAACAUUGACAACAGUUUUGCCAGUAUGCAUCAGGAUGAUGCCAUAUUGCAAGCACAAUGACAUCUUGGAGUAUAUCUACCAAGCAUGCACACAAGAUGGAGUGGGAGUGCCAUUCCUGUGUCCUCAAGUUGGCGACGAUGAUGCAGGAUAUGUAGUCUUGGCUGCAUUGGAGUUCAUUCAUCACAAAGGUGGCCUGCAAUCACUCACAGUCAUCCAGCACGGCAUCUUGGUGGGUGCCAUCAGGUUUGGUCGCUUCGACAUUGUCAAGUUCAUCAUGGACACGGUUGGAUACCGACCCUCUACGCAUGACUUGUCGGUUGCCUUGUUUGAUCGAGCCAUUUCACACGGUCACGUGGACAUCCUCCAGUUCCUGCUGGACAAGAUUGGUGUUAAUGGCCAAUUGCCAGAGGUCAGGGCAAACUACAUGAUUUCCGUUGAGCAAGCAAUUUUCAAUGGCCAUCUCGAGAUGGUGCAAUUCAUCUCUGGCGAAAGAUUCAAGCACCAUAUUUACAUGCACGCUCAGAGCUCAUUCGACUUUUAUCUCAAACGAGUCUUGAUUGAGAAUGCCUCUCCAGACAUUCGAUUCAUGGAGUAUAUGUUCACCAAUCAUUCAGUCCGAGUAGAAGUAUCGCCAGACCCAUUGGAUAUUAGCCACCGAGACAUCGUCUUCGACCUGGACACCAUAAUCUCAAUUAGUGAGGCAGGUGGCGUAUACCCAGCUCCUUACUUUGAAAGAAGAUUGGUUGACAAAGGAGAGAUGUGA